GGCCAAUGGGGUUGCAUUUCACUACCGUAGAGUCUGGGUAGGACGCCAAGUCAGCCAUAUCGGCCUUUUCCCAUCGAGAAACAGUCAUGAAAGGAGUUCGACCUCUGAAUCAUCUCUCCAAACGAUGUUAUGCAGCUGCCAGAAGGGGCUCGCUGGUCGAACCUUUACCUGUGGACCGCCGCAAUCCCCCUGUCAAGCCAGUCUUCCAGCCACAGGAUAUCCAGGUAUCCAAACUGCCCAGUGGCCUGCUGAUUGCGUCCUUAGAAAACUAUUCUCCCAUUACCAAAAUCGGUGUGUUUGUGAAAGCUGGCAGCCGCUAUGAGACGCCAGACAAUGUUGGGCUUACACAUGUGCUGCGAUUAGCAGGAAACCUGACCACAAAAGGCGCAUCUGCGUUUAAGAUCUGUCGGGGUAUAGAGGCGGUGGGAGGCUCACUCACUGUGACAUCAUCGAGGGAACACAUGGCUUACUCUGCAGAGUGCAUGAGAGAUGACUUUGACACAGUCAUGGAGUACCUGAUCAAUGUGAUCACUGUCCCUGAGUUUAGACCAUGGGAAAUAUCAGACCUCACCCCAAGAGUAAAGAUUGACAAGGCCAUGGCUAAAGAGUGUCCACCAAUUGGUGUUGUGGAGAAGUUGCAUGAGGCUGCGUACAAAACUGGUCUUUCCAACUCGUUGUAUUGCCCAGAUUUCAAUGUGGGCAAAGUCACGUCUGACCAGCUGCAGUCUUUUGUGGAGAAUCAUUACACCAGUGGAAGAAUGACCCUUGUUGGACUUGGUGUAAAGCAUUCCGUGCUGAAGCAGAUGGGAGAGCAGUACCUGAAUGUCCAUCGUGGAGCUGGAGUACCUGGGGCCAAAGCUGUGUACCGUGGAGGUGAGAUGCGGCUGCAGAGUGCCGAUGGGCUGGUGCAUGCUCUGGUGGCCAGUGAGUCGGCAGUGACGGGCUCUGUGGAGGCCAACGCCUUCAGCGUGCUGCAGAGGGCUUUGGGAGCUGGCCCUCAUGUCAAGAGAGGAGCCAACAUCUGUAGCAAACUCUGCCAGGGCAUCGCCAAGGCCACCACACUACCAUUUGAUGCCACAGCCUUCAGUGCCACAUACUCCGACUCCGGACUCUUUGGAGUUUUCACUGUCUCGCAUUAUGAAGCUGCUGGAGAUGUGAUCAGAGCUGCUUUGGCUCAGGUGGCUGCUAUUGCAGACGGCGGACUUUCCGCGGAGGACCUGGCAAGGGCAAAGAACCAGGUUAAGGUAGAGUACCUCAUGUCAUUAGAAACCACAGAAGGCCUCCUGGAGGAGGUGGGAGCCCAGAUAUUGAGCAGUGGAGCCUAUAGCAAACCUGAGGCAGUGCUCCAGGCCAUCGACGCAGUCGACUCCAGUGCUGUGACAAACGCUGCAAAGAAGUUUGUGUCCGGCAAGAAAACAAUGGCCAGCAGUGGACAUCUGGUUAACACGCCAUUUGUGGACGAGUUGUGAGGGGGAGGUAGAGGAGGGGGGAGUCGAGUCGACUGUAUUUAAUUAUUACACGAAGGCAGUUGUCUUGCUGAAGAAAGAAAUGCAAGAGAGAUGGUCCUGAAAAUCAUAAACUACCAACUGCAUUUGACAAUGUUUGUCACCAGCUACUCAUAGUUUUUGUUCUACAGUUUCAGUGUGCACACGCACCAGAGGAAGGGACACAUGUCUAUCUCACUGUAUAUCUGAUGUAAAUUCAUUAAAUGGUCUAUGAAAUCCA